AUGAUUGACUCCUACGAUGAUAUUCUCAAUUCUCUCGACGAUGAUAACAACUAUUAUUCUGUGGACGGAGACAAUCUCUCUCCUUCUCUUCAAGCCUGGUCCAACUCGGCUGACAUCGAAGAGCUCGACCUCGACAGCUUUAAUAUCUCUUCAGACUCAGAUGCCUCAUGGGUUGACCCUUUAGAAUCCGCCAUCACAGCCACUCGCAACGGAUCGGCCCCUAUUCUUAGCACCCUCUCUCAGUUCACAACCAUCCUCUCCCAGACAGGCGUUCAUGGUCCCCGUCUGCUCAAAGCAACCAAUCUCUCUUCACGAGCUACCAAAAUCGGCUCGGGCGCCCAAUUCACAGUCUUCAAGGAUCCACUCUUUGAAGGAGAGGUCAUCAAGCGCGUCAAUGUCCCUCUUACCAGUAGAGCUGAACAACGCUUUGCGGCGAGCAAUGACUAUCGCCUUCAACUCAAGACCUUGGAGCUAGAGAUCUUAUCUCUUUGCAAUCCAGUGUUACGCGCCCAUCCAAACAUCACUAGCCUUCUAGCGUGGGGUUUUGAUUUCCCCUUUGCGGAUUUAGCUGUACCGGUGUUGUUCAUGGAAGCGGCGAUCAUGCCUUUGGGGGACUUUCUGAGUGCUGAAAAUAGGUCAAUUACAGUGAGAUAUCAGUUUGCGCUGGAUAUAGCAAAUGGAUUGGAAGCGCUCCAUCAUCUCAAGAUUGUUCACGGAGAUGUCAAGCCGGACAAUGUACUUGUCUUCGCCGGUCUCACUGAGAACGUCCCAUUCCAGGCCAAGUUGAGUGACUUUGGUGUCUGUGUUGAUUUAGAGGCUCCAGAUGGAAGGUUCUCCCUAAGCGACUAUCGUGGCACACCUGCCUGGCUGGCACCUGAGUUGAUAAGUGGGGAUAUCUCCAAGUUUGGGAAAUUCUCACCCGAUUUGAUGUUCAGAUUUGAUGCAUACAGCUUUGGCUUGGUCCUCUUGUCUAUAUUCACAGGGAAUGGACAACUACCAAAUUUGGACAAGAGCCCCGAAAAGGUCUCAGAUCAGGUGUCAAAAUUGCUGAACGGCCAGCAAGACAUACCCUCAGAUAUGCGUAUGGAGUUGCGCAAGGGCAUGUUGAAUCAUCUCGCCGAGGAUCCUAGGGACCGAAAACUCCCAAGUCCUAAUUUAUUGAAAUUUGAUAGCCCCGGCUAUGGAUCUUGGCUCGCAUCAAUACAAUCAAGUGCUGCAGACACCCACGUUGGCAUCAUUGACCCUAUUUACAACAAAGGACCGUUAUUCUGGUACCGACUCGAUCAGAGCAUCCGCACCGAGCUUGAGACACAGUAUACGCUCGGGAAAGAUGGCAGUGCUCCUCCUUUUGGAGGGAAUGUACUUUUUGGAAUUGCACAAACUAUUACAGGCGAGAAGCCGACCUAUCUCGACCGCAUGCUGACAUACCUGGGCGACGCGGCGAGGGCGGGCUAUUCACCUGCCAGAGCUAUAUACGCGCAAGUCAUGGAGGCGCAUAAUCAUCCUAUCGAGUUCAGCGAGGGAGAAUUGAAGAAAUGGACUUUGCAGGCUGUAUCUGAGGGAUAUUUCUUUACGGAUUCCGGUUACGGGCAAGAUGAGAUUGAGAAAUCACGAGACCAGUUCAGACGACAGGGUGGAUUUUGUUCAGAUCCUUUCCUGGCCAAAAAGGAGAUCAAGACAACAGUGAGCGCGAACAAAGCGCUGGAUUGGGUUACUAAGAACGGGAUUGUCGUUGAUCGGAAAGGGAACACAUUACUUCAUGCUGCCGCUGCUCUUGGAGCGACAGAUGUGGUCCAAGAGCUGUUAGAUUCCACGCAGGUGGCAGUGGACGUGGAGAACGACGAUGCUGAAACACCGCUGUAUAAAGCAUUCCAGGCAGGACAUACCGAAGUGAUUGAGAUCCUACUUGAUCGUGGUGCCAACGCACGCACCAAAACUCGACAAAAUGUCACCCCUCUACAUUGGCUAUUUAUGAUCCGCGAAAUUUUCAUUGAUCGAAUAGCGAAUCUGAUGGUUGAAGGAGGGGCUGAUAUCAAUGCGGUCAUUACGCCCGUCGUGAAGGAAAACAGCGGUGGAUAUCCAGAGAAGAUUCAGAUCUUUCACUAUCCAUUUGAACUUCCUCACGGUACCCCUCUUCAUUGGGCCUGCUUCUUCCGGCAUACCGUAGCUAUGGAUGGUCUCCUUUCUCUUGGGGCCAACAUAAAUGCGUGCUACCAUGGGCUAGACGCAUCAUCAACUUCACUUGCGUUGACGGCAUAUUUUGGCGAGCCCCAGAUAGCCAAAUAUUUGAUAUCCCACGGUGCGGACGGCACUCUGCUCGAUUCCAUGAAACGUAACACUCUGCAUGGCAUCACCAAAUACUUCCCUGACCGGCAUGGCUAUCUACCUCAUUACUGGCAUUACUGGAUCCGUCACGGAUCUUGGGAACAGCAUUCGACACAGAUGACGAAUCUGGUCCGUGUCCUGAUCAAGGCUGGGGCAGACAUCAAUGCCAAAGACAAGGGUUAUUCUCCCUUGACUCCUAUUGCCGCUGCCGCUGAUUUGGGAGUUUGGGAUGGGGGUAUGAUAUGCGCACUGUUAGACGCAGGAGCCAACCUCGAAGAAUCCAUCCUCUCGGCAGGAGAUACUGUCCUGCAUUGCUGGGUCUCUAUUGUUGGACCCCGUUUGGAUUAUCCAGAGUCUUAUUUACCAACUAUGCAGAAGAUAGCCAAGGCCAUGCCGAACAUCGACAUCCGCAAUCGAUUUCAAGAAGAUACUCCGCUUCACUUGCUAGCAACUACAUAUCACCCGGAGGAUGAGUUCGAGGCGGCAUGUGAGAUCCUACUGAAUCACUCGAACCCAGCAGACAUCGAUGCGAAAGCUCGUCGUGGAGAAACUCCACUCUCCAUAGCCCUAGAGACAAAUCUGGAUCCGGCACGGCGGGGUCGCUUCCUGCUUGACAAAGGCGCUGAUCCCCUCGUCCUCCACGCUCGAGAACGAGACAUCUUCUACUCCAUCGCCAAUAAUGUCGUUCUCAACGACCAAGCCAGUUCCGACCUAAUCCAGACCUUCCUCCUCCGGCUGAACGCCGACAUCGAACAAGCUUACAAAACCCAUUACCUCUGCAACGCCAAUAGCCACGAAACUCUCAAUGCCGCUGCAAGCCGCGGAAAAACAUCGACAGUAAAACUCCUCCUCUCCAUCGGUCUGCUCAGCCAUAUCAACAAGCCCGAUACAGCAAAAUCCCCACCAUGGACAGCCCUAGACCAAGCCCUCCACUUCGCAGAACUCAGCCGCCGUGCUCAUAUCCAGCAACUAGCCUCCUACAAAGCAGGCGCAGCCCGGACAAAUGCACUCGAAGCAGACCUCGUCUAUGAUAUAAAUCAAGGUCCGCCCGCGCGUGCGGCGGAAGCAUACAGAUGUUUCCCGGAUGUUAUACAGACACUGCGAAAUGCAGGGGCAAAACGGACAUGUGAGAUUGACAGAUUGUCGAAUGGUGAUUAUAUUCGGCAACCUAGGGAAUGGGAUGAGGAGGAAAUCCGUCGGUUUGGGUUCACGCCGGAGACGCAGCCUAAUCGGGAAGCGUGGAAAGAGUUGUAUGAUUUGGCUAGAUACAGUGGGCGGGGCUGGUUGGGUAUGUUGACUGGGGGAAGGUUCGGUAGUUGA